AUGACAACUCUAGUCGUCGGAGGAUUAUUUAAUGCCGUUGCAUUUGCGGGAGCAGGAUUAUUAUUUUCCCGGUUGAAUCAUAACGGAUACAAGGAAGAAGUCAGAAGACAUAAUCAAGCGUUGGAAGAAUUGGCGAAAACUAAAGAGAAAUUCUACGAAUCCGAAGUAAAACGUCGGAACGACGAAGCAAGACGACGUGCCGAAAUUUUAGAUGCGAAUGCAGAUAUAGAAGAUACAAACAAAGCGUUAGAAAAUCUAAGAAAUUAUACGAGACGUAUGGACGCAACGGUAUUAGACCGUAAACCAAAAUUAGAAGAUUAUUAUCAACCGUCGGAUGAAAUGAAAAAAUACGAAAUCAUUACGAUGAGUUUGCUAGGGGUUGGAGGUGCUUACGGAAUCACGCGUCUAUUUUAA